AAAGAGCUUUCGCUAUGGUGCGACAAUUGAUUCUCGUCCUUUCGCUGAUCCUGUUCUGGGAUAGCUCACAUGCUGUUAUCAGUGAGUUGGCCCGUCAGGGCGAAUCUGCCAUCCAGGGUUUGGCUGACAUCAAGAUGGCGCCCCUACGAUACUUAGAUGUUCUCUUUGGAGCUAAUCCGGGAGGACUUCGGGGACUUGAUGGUGGUAUUUAUGGAGCCGGAGGUCCUUACUCAGCGCUGGCCACUGCCUUACAAGCAGCCCAAGCUGCCAAUAUUUUGGCUGGAAAUGAUAUCAUGAGACCCGGAUACAGUAAAAUAUCAGCUGGAGUCGGCCAGGGAAGCGACUUAAUCACAAUAAUUAAGAACCAACGCCCUUACGAUCCUUACCUGAUUCCACCGGGCUUUCCAGGAUACAAUUUUGGCCUCGGGUGGCCUCGACCCUCUUCACCAAGCAGUCCUAACUCGCCGAACAGCCCACCAGGGGGCCCUGGUUCACCCGGAGGUUUUGGUCCAAGCCGUCCGGGAAACUCUUUGCCGGGUAGCCCUUUCCCGGGUAGGCCUUUCCCGGGUGGACCAUUCUCUUUCGGACCCUUCCCUGGUGGACCAUUCCCGGCAGGACCGUUUCCUGGUCGACCAUUCCCCGGUGGAUCACUCCCUGGUAGACCUUUUCCGAUCAGCGGCGGAGUGGGUGGUUCCGUAGGUGGAGGCGGCGGAAUCUUCGGGAACGGUGGACUGCUUGGUACGGGACUGUUCGGCCAAAAUGGACUUUUCGGAACUGGAUUCCUUAGCGGGCCUUCGUUGGACCCCUUUGGAAUUUUCACCCCAUUCGGAAACUUGCUAGGAGGACUAGGAAACUUAUUCGGAUUCUCUGCUUCGACCUCGACACCGGUGGUAACUAAUCCAGGAAUUCCGCUCUUUGGUGAUAAGUUUGGUUUUCUCGGUCGCGGACUACAAGGUUCCAUCAGCUUGGAUCUCGGAGGCACAUUGCCAUCGCCAAAAGGCAUAUUGGGACUGUUGUCUCCUCUCUUGGGAGUGCUGGGAUAGUACCGAGGAAUCGACUUAUGCAACGGAAUAACGGAUCUGACGGUUUAACGCUAAGGCUUAACUUUUAGUAUUAAGAACGACAACUGUCGGGGUAAAAUUAACAUUUGUCUUGGCCAAGCUUUGUAAUUGUAAUACCCAUUAAUAAAACUAAGCAGCAUUCCAA